AUGAAACUGACGCUAGUGCUCGUCUGCUUCGGAUUCAUCACUUUGGCAGUUGCCAACUUUGUUACCCAAGUAGGCCCACCAGGUCCUCCUGGUCCACCGGGCUUGCCUGGCUCACCCGGGCCAAAAGGUGAAAAGGGUGAUCGCGGCUCAGACGGACGCGUAGGACCUGCUGGUCCACCUGGAUCACCUGGUAGACGCGGCCAUACUGGCACUCCUGGUCCGAUAGGGCCUCCAGGUGUACCAGGUUUGCGCGGGCCGCGCGGUUAUGAUGGUGAACGUGGACCAGAGGGUCCCACGGGGCCGACCGGACCAACGGGACCUACUGGUACAUAA